UCGCGGGGGAGGGGACUGGGGGGCGUUUGGCUAUAAGGCCUGUCAUCAUGCACAGAAAGAACGUGGUGCAGGUAGAGGGGCAGGCGCGUGCGAAGCUCCUUUCCGGAACCCAGGAAAGCACAGCUGGCUGGAACGAUAGAGAAUGGGAGAUGGCCGUGGCCAAUAUCACCUGGUCCUCAGCUUCGGAAGCCGCGGGAAGAAGUUUGGACUUUAUGAAAUAAUGAGUCUCCUCCAAUGACACGGUACAGCCCCAUGUUUGUCAUGCAGCACAUUGUGGGCGUGCCCCAUGUACUGGUACGGAAAAGCUUCUUGGGAAUGGACCUCAUUGUGACAAGGACUCUGUGCAGUCCUGGUCCCAACCAGCCCAGAGAGAAGCGACCAGAGGCCGCAGCCUUAGGGUUGUAUCACCGCCUCCCCGCACUGGGAAGAACACUGGGCCACACCAUUCAGCAGCAAGCGGCCUCCACAGCCAAGGCUUGGUGGGACAGAUACGAAGAGUUUGUGGGACUCAAUGAAGUUCGAGAGGCCCAGGGAAAUGUAACUGAGGCAGAGAAAGUGUUCAUGGUGGCUCGUGGCCUUGUCCGAGAGGCUCGGGAGAAUUUAGAGGCACAGCAGGCUAAGCUGAAGGAGGUGAGGGACCGUUUGGAUCGGGUCUCCAGGGAGGACAACCAGUACCUGGAACUGGCCACUGUGGAGCACCGGAUGCUGCAGGAAGAGAAGAGGCUCCGAGCAGCAUACGUGCGCGCAGAAGACUCAGAGCGGGAGAAGUUCUCUCUCUUCUCCGCAGCUGUGCGGGAGAGUCAUGAGAAGGAGCGCACGAGGGCUGAGAGAACUAAGAACUGGUCCCUCAUUGGGUCAGUCCUCGGAGCUCUGAUCGGUGUGGCUGGCUCCACCUAUGUUAACCGUGUCCGGCUACAAGAACUGAAGGCCUUACUCCUGGAGGCACAGAAAGGGCCUGUCAGUCUCCAGGAGGCCAUCCGUGAACAGGCUUCUAGCUAUUCCCUCCAGCAGAGAGACCUCAAGGACCUUAUGGUGGAUUUGAGGGGCCUGGUGCACGCUGGGCAGGGCCAGGGCUCCGGGUCACCAAAAGGGUCCUCUUCUAUCCAAGGGAAGGACAUAGAAACCCUUUCAGCUGCCAUGAGAGAACAGCUCAGUCAUUCUCGGCAGGUCCAUUCCUGCCUAGAGGGUUUACGAGAGCAGCUUGAUGGCCUGGAAAAGACUUGCAGCCAGAUGGCUGGGGUGGUUCAGCUUGCAAAGGCUGCAGCACAUCCAGGCCCAGUGGAUCCAGUAGAUGGGACCCUGCCCAGCUCUUUGCUGGAACAAGGGAGCAUGGUCUUGGCCCUGUCCGAUAUGGGGCAGAGGCUAGAAGCACAAGUCAACAGAAAUACUAUCUGCAGCACACUGGUCACCUGUGUGACCUUUAUGGCCACAUUGCCUGUGCUAUACAUGCUCUUCAAGACCAGUUAGCCCUGGGGUCCUUCUUCAGAGGGGCCUAAGGGUGAAGGUGGCUGUCGUUGGUGAUAUAAUCAGUCUUCAGGCGCAUAUAGCCUCAGACUGAGUGUCAUCUAAGGAGCUGACCAGCAGGUGUUUUUUAUUUUGUAGGUAAUACUUAUUUACAUAAUUAUCAAAACUUUCUGUAAAUGUUCAAUUAAAAUAUCUAAGAAUUUGUAUUAUUUAAAAGGGUUUUACAUCA